CUCUGAAAUCAUUGACGAGGCCAAAUAUUAUAUUGCUCUUUGUUAUAUUCACGGGAAGGGCGUAGAACAAGAUAGGAAAUUUGCUUUGGAUCUCGCAAAAGAUGAUUAUCAUGAUUUAAAUAAGUAUGAAAAUGCUUGGAAUAUUUUUUCAGAAUUAGCCAACGAUGAUGAAAUAAAAUCAGAAGCUUUAUCUAUCAUGGAAUAUUACUAUAACAAAGGAUAUAUCAAAACAAAUGAAAGGCAUAUUUUUAAAAUCGCAUUAGAACUAUACAGUAAAGACAAAUAUAAAAAAGCUUACGAUAUUUUUUUUAAACUUGCCGCAAAUAGUAAAGAUAAAGAAAUUAAAUUUCUUUCUACAUGUUUAGAAGCAUCUUAUUAUAUCACGGGAUAUAAUAGAAUUGAGAAAAAUAAGAAUAAAGCAUUUGAACUUAUUCUAAAAGA